AUGGAUUUCUACAAUUGUGAAGAUAUUAGAAUAGCAAAAAAAAUACUUACCAGCGAUCUAGAUGCAUUAAAUCUAGAAAAAGAUGAUAAAAUAAAGCCAAACAGUUCUGGAAACUCUAAAAAGGACAAGGUUAGUGAUUUAAUACUAACAAUAAAAACUAUUCUGAGCAACAAAAUUGAAAGCAAAUUGCCUCAGUAUGCUGCUCUCAACCUUUUUAAAAUUCCAAGCUCAAAAAAAGCUAAAUUUGAGUCAAUUCUUGACGAAAAGUUAAAAAAAUUAGAAGAACUAUUUAUUGAAGAAAGAAACAUCUUCCGAGAAAUAGUAAAUGAUGCGGCUAUUAACAAUAGCCCAAAAGUAGAAAGAAAGCAGGAAUCCGAUUGCAAGACCGAAUCGAGCAAGCAAUCUGACUGGCCAGAGAUUGUAAAACGUAAAAUUAAAAAGAGCUCAAAUGUUCAACACGUGGCGAAUGUUCAACACGUGGCGAAUGUUCAACACGUGGCGAAUGUUCAACACGUGGCGAACAUCAACAUGUUGAAAACAAAGAAAAAAACACACAACACUAACAUAGCAAAUAUGAAAACAGUUAUAGGCACCCAAACUGAUAAACAAACAAAUUUGAAAGCGAUGAAACCUUCGCCAAAAAGAAAAGUUUUUUACGUUGGUCGAUUGGACCAACAAUGCACUGCAAAAGAGUUAAGCGAACACAUAAAUGGAUUGAAAAUUGAGGUGCUUGGUUGCUCAGCAAUCAAAAACUCAACUUUUAAUCGCCGCUCAAAGCAAGCUACAACAUCGAUCAACACACAAAACACGAACUCUGACAAAAUCGAUGUUCAACAGACAAGCGCUGCAUUCAGAGUUUGUAUUUAUGAAACAGACUCAGCUGAGUUCAUGAAUGCAGAAAACUGGCCAGACCAAAUCAUCGUCCGCGAAUGGUGUUUCAAUGAUCCGUCGGCAAAUGUUGUCAAUGACCUGUCGGCAAAUGUUGUUUCAACUAAAAAUAGCAAUGAAUAA